GGUGGUUCCACAGGAGGAAAGCACGCCCAGUCACAUUAAAGAAGCCAAACUGUCUGCUUCAAAGAGAAAAGGCAACAUCCUGUCACAGGCCAUGCUCUGGCAAAAAUCCACAGCUCCAGAGCAAGCUCCUGCCCCUCCACGGCCAUACCAGGGUGUUCGAGUCAAGGAGCCAGUGAAGGAGCUACUGAGAAGAAAGCGUGGCCAUACCAGCGUUGGGGCUGCUGGCCCACCAACUGCGGUGGUACUGCCCCACCAGCCCCUGGCCACCUACAGCACAGUGGGUCCUUCCUGCCUUGACAUGGAGGUUUCUACUUCCACAGUGACAGAGGAGGGAACAUUAUGUGCUGGCUGGCUUUCUCAACCUGCCCCGGCCACUCUUCAGCCUUUGGCUCCAUGGACUCCCUACACGGAAUAUGUGUCCCAUGAAGCCGUCAGCUGUCCCUACUCCGCUGACAUGUAUGUGCAGCCUGUGUGCCCCAGCUACACAGUGGUGGGACCCUCCUCAGUGUUGACCUAUGCUUCUCCACCACUCAUCACUAAUGUCACGCCAAGAAGCACUGCUACACCCGCGGUGGGGCCCCAGCUGGAGGGCCCAGAGCACCAGGCGCCCCUCACCUACUUCCCGUGGCCUCAGCCCCUUUCCACACUGCCCACCUCCAGUCUGCAGUAUCAACCUCCAGCCCCAACUCUGUCUGGGCCCCAGUUUGUCCAGCUCCCCAUCUCUAUCCCAGAGCCAGUCCUACAGGACAUGGAUGACCCCAGAAGGGCCAUCAGCUCCCUGACCAUUGACAAGCUGCUUCUGGAGGAAGAGGAGAGCAACGCCUACGAGCUCAACCACACCCUCUCCGUGGAGGGCUUUUAGGGCUGGCGUUCAUCUGACAGCUCUUUCACCCAAAACUGAGAUUUAAAAAGAGCUCAAUAGAGCCCAGACUUCUGUUUGAAGUAGCUAUUUCAUAGGUUCUUUUUCUUCCCAAAGCGAAACUGUAUUCCUCUUCUCCCUUCUUUCUUCCCUCUGCUUCCUUCCUUCCCCCAACUCCCGUCUCACUUCUUUAUUUCUCCUUCCAGUUUUCUUCCUCUGGAGCAGCAAAUGAUAGUGAUAUUAUGAACAACGCUUUAUGCUGAAUGUCACCAAGUCUGCAGUUCAGAGUUUUCCCUUAGUGUCACAUCAUUAGGGAAGCGCCAUUCUCUAGCGGGCCUCUGCUUCCUGGUAGCUAGCAAUAGCUUUGUAGAUCUACUCUGUCUGUGACUACUUACCGGUUCUGCCAUUCUGAAGUGCACUCCAGUUUUGUUUUGUGUGCUGUUCUCAGCCUUGGCCAGAUGUACUAUCUAAGUGGACGUUUCUGGUCUGGUUAGAGGGGGAUGGGACAGGACCAUCAGGGUGGGUAGGGACAGUCAGUGAGUGAUGGGAGACAGGGCUGAGGAGGAGCAGGACACAAAAGUGUGUCUGUAUUUAGAGAGGGAGUGAGGAGGGGAAGGCUGAGGAGUGACCUAACAAUCAGCUUUAAAAAAUAUAUUAUUUUAAUUCAGUUUAGCUGUUCUUCUUGACAGCGAUUAGGAGGAAAGCUGGAUAUGGUAAAAAGGAUGAAGGACGAGUCUGCCUGUUUCUGCCCCUCUUCAGGCCCUCUAACCUGAUGCCAGCACUUAAAAUACUUUUGUCAGCAUAUUGUCAUAGCAACAGGAAAAGAAACAGGUGAAGCCUAUCAUUGAGGAGGCUCGGACUUAGUCCUUCCUCGUGGGCUUUUACUUCCCGUUGUGACUCACCCAGGGCCGUCUUGACGCGUUGCCAUGGAUUCUUCCGCCCACUCACGGUCUAUCUCUAGGGUCCUGGAGUCCUGGUCAGCAGGCCCGCUAGCUUUCAUUUUCAUUUUUAUUGCUUUUUUUUUUUUUCCUGGAGAAGCGUAACAUUUGCUGUUGCUGUCUCGGGGUGCUCUGCUCCUGAAGUGAUGUGUCCUUGGGAACUGGCCCACUGUUUGCUAAUGAUGCCAUCAUUCCAUACACACAAGCUUUGGUCUGUAGAAUCCGUGUAGGAGUACUAGAUGUUCUAGAAAAUGACGGCUUCUUUGCUUUCCUACCUCUUUGUUUGCAUUUUCAAUGAAAACUUAGAGAGAGCUGCCUGUCCUUCCCCACCCCUCUGCUUUGUGUUUGAUUCAGACAUCUCAUUAUCUAUAAAAUCCUGGUAUAAAAUCCUGGUGUGCUUGUCUUGAAUUUGUUAUUCCUCUGUAAUAUUUAGAUUAAAUGUUAGCUCUGAAUGAUAGGUUUAUACUUCUAUUGGUGGUUACCAGGAACAAGAAAGGGAAGCCGAAGACUAUUUAAUUAAGACCUUGUUGCACUUAAAAAACACUAUUUAAGAUUUUCCAGCUACUUGGGAGUUUGAGCUGAUGCAGGAGGAGUGGCGAUCACAGAGGAGCUAAUGCUGGGAAAACAAACAAAACAGCAAAGAAAGUAGUGUGAGUGUUUGCUAGGAUUGAAUUGGUGUCUUUUUCUCUUCUUAUCUUGAGACCUCAAGUCUUGGCUGCAGGUGUCCACCCAGAUAUCCUCCGGGGUUUUUCUACUCAUUUGCAACAUUUUCAAUAAAGAUUUGUAGAUGAC